CUAGAUGUCUGCAUCGGACGAGUCAAGCAGACGACAAAAUAAAACUCUAGAACAAAAAUAUUUACGCAUUUACGAGCAUCGACGAUAUUUGUUCAUUCCAAAACAACUACGUACUGCCAUAGAGUGUUGGGUUUGAUUUCGUCAUUCACUCCUUCCUCUAUGGUACUACUAACACAGUGCUGUGACAUAAUUCCAACCGUAUGUUAUUACAAAACACAUUUAUCCUGACCUGAAAUUUAUUUGUACCAAGUGUCUUGCUCCCAUUUCUAGGAAAAAUAGGGUUAAGGUUACUCGACAAUUUGUUGCUUAACUUGGAAUAGAUUGGCUGUUUUCCCAAAUAGUAGUUUAUUUUUAAAAAAAGAUUGAUUUCAUUUCGUUCAAGGUCUCCAUGUAGCCACUGGCCCUAUAAAAGGACAACCAUUCGAGGUUGUAUUAGUAGUAGAAUAACCCCAAGAGACGAUCUUUCUAGUCUGUAAUUUUCCAUUACGACGACGACAUUUCAAAUCUUUUACCAAAUUCAGAAGGCCGGCAAUUUAAAUGUUUUAAAAGUUACCUCCAAGCGUUAAAAAAAGUCCCCGUAUACAACAGGUAGUAAAAAAAGAAGAAGGGCGUCGAUUUACCCUUUCUUUUCUCAAUUAAAAGGGUCAUUGACGUUUGUUAACCCCCCUUCGAUUUAAAACGGUGAAAAAAAGAGGUCUUUUACGGUCAAGGUCAUCGACUGUCGUCCGCCAAACCGAGGAACUGCGUUCGACUUGUUUGCCUUUUUCGCCAGUGCAUUCUGAACAAUGGUGCGACUCGUACGUCUUUUCUGCUUGUUCAUCUCUUCUGCCACUUUUGGACUUGCCCAAGUUCAAUCUCUUCCUCCGCCAUGUCCAAGUCCCAUUUACUGUCACGGUCCACUCUUGCACACGGUUCAGAUGGCCAAAUUGUAUCACGACUCCAAGACUUUUGUCGACAAGAAAUUACGUUUCGACCCAGAAUUAGUUGCAGCCAAUUUCACUCAACUGAUGAACCUUACAGACAAUAGUCCAUCCCAAAACGAUCUCGUCAUCUUCAUCAGUCAACAUUUCGAGAGUGAAGGAUCAGAAUUUCAACCGUGGGAUCCUUCCGACUGGCUCGACAGCCCGUCAUUCCUUCAAAAUAUCAACAACACACAAUUGAGAAAUUGGGGGAAAGAAUUACAUGGAGCCUGGAAAUUCCUAGGCCGACAAAUUAAAGAUGACGUCAAAGAACGCCCCGAGCUAUACUCGAUGAUUUAUGUGCCUCAUCCUUUCAUCAUUCCUGGAGGAAGAUUUCGUGAAAUUUAUUACUGGGAUUCUUACUGGAUCGUCCAAGGUCUUCUCAUCUCUCAAAUGAACCACACGGUGAGGGGAAUGUUGGAUAAUUUCCUGCAUAUGGUGGAUGUUUACGGCAUGGUCCCAAAUGGCGGUCGCAUCUACUAUCAGCUGAGGUCGCAGCCCCCAAUGUUGAUUCCCAUGGUGGAUCGUUACAUCAACGCCACUGGGGAUGUCGAAUUUCUUAAUGGGCGGUUACAUCUCUUGGAAAAGGAAUUUCAAUUCUGGAUGGCCAACAGGACAGUCUCCGUCAAGGGACACACUUUGGCGAGGUUUAAUGUCGAAUCGGAUGGACCACGACCCGAAUCUUACAUUGAGGACUUUCAUUCGUCUGCCCACAUGAGUGAAAUCGAUCGUCAAGACUUUUACAUCAACAUGAAAUCGGGAGCUGAAUCCGGUUGGGAUUUCAGUUCCAGGUGGUUCAUUGUAGACGAAGGUCACAACGAAGGCAAUUUGAGCCACAUUAGUACCCGCAACGUCGUGCCGGUCGAUUUAAAUGCCUUUGUUUGCAUGAACGCUCGAAUGCUUUCGGAAAUGUUCCGCAAAGUCGGAGAUGACAGAAAGGCUCAAAUGUAUCACGACAAGUACAUCGAGUGGAAAAGAGCCAUUCAAGCGGUGCUGUGGAAUGAAGAACAAGGCAUCUGGCUAGACUACGAUUUAACUAAUAAUUUGCAACGACCAUAUUUCUACGCAUCGAAUAUCGCUCCGCUAUGGGCCGGUUGCUUGGAUGCCACUCCAUCCGGUGGCGUAGACUCUGCUGUUGUCCACAGAGUGAUGGAUUAUCUGGAGCACAGUCAAUCUACAAAAUUUGCCGGAGGAAUUCCGACAUCCAUGCAACACACUGGCCAACAAUGGGAUUUCCCUAAUGGGUGGCCGCCCCUGCAACACAUGUUGGUUGUCGGUCUUGAAAAUACCGGUGACCCCAGAGCCAAAGCCUUGGCCUUUAAUCUCGCCCAAAAGUGGCUGAUUAACAAUUACGAUGCAUAUCAACAAAGUAUGCCCAACGCCAUGUUUGAAAAAUAUGACGUGACUGUUGUUGGACUACCAGGAGGUGGUGGUGAAUACGACGUUCAGCUUGGCUUUGGUUGGACGAACGGUGUCAUUUUAGAUUUCCUGCACAUUUAUGGUGAUCGAUUGGUGACUGAACAACCGACAAAUACUUAAUUAUUAUGUAACUAUCUGAUUUCAGUUUUUGUGAUGAAGAGAAAGAAAGAAAAACCACUAUGAUUGUAAAAUUUUAUUGACUAUUUUAUGUAAAGUAAUUUCUUUUCUGUUUGGUUAAUUUCCCUGUAAUCCUUGUUACAUAAUUUGCAUUAUUUUGUGUUCCCGAUCCUAGUCUCAUCGCCAUAUUGUACAUGAUUUCAAUUUUUUGUAAUUUUUCUUCUAUUUUUGGGUUUAGAAUACAAAUUGUGCACUUACAAA